AUGUCAGGCAGCACUGUCGGAUACCAGCUGCCGUGGGUCGAAAAGCACAGGCCCAAGGCGCUGCGCGACAUUGUCGGGAAUUCUGCUACGGUAGAUCGUCUCCGCGUGAUUGAAGAGAACGGCAACGUACCCCACCUGCUCGUGUCUGGCUUGCCUGGCAUCGGGAAGACAACAAGCGUGCACUGUCUUGCACAUGCCUUGCUGGGCGAUGCGUACAAAGACGCUGUAUUGGAGCUGAAUGCAUCAGAUGAUCGCGGCAUCGAUGUCGUGCGCAACAAAAUCAAGUCGUUUGCACAGAAAAAAGUUUCGCUGCCGUCUGGCCGGCACAAGAUCAUUAUACUCGACGAGGCGGAUAGCAUGACGCCAGGUGCGCAGCAGGCACUGCGCCGCACGAUGGAAAUAUAUGCCAACACUACACGUUUCUGCUUUGCAUGCAACCAAUCCAACAAGAUUAUCGAGCCGAUCCAGAGUCGAUGCGCGAUUCUGCGAUUUGGCCGCGUGCAGGACGACGAAAUUCUAAAGCGCCUCGUCGAGAUUUGCAAGGCAGAGCACGUCGAGUAUGCGGAUGAAGGGCUCGCUGCGAUUGUAUUUACUGCUGAGGGUGACCUGCGGCAAGCGGUCAAUAACUUGCAGUCUACCUGGACCGGGCAGGGCUACGUGAGUCCGGACAAUGUAUUCCGGGUGUGUGAUCAGCCGCACCCCAUGGUUGUCCGCGAGAUCUUGUCCGCAUGCAACCAAGGAGACUUGGACGCGGCGCUGGACAGGCUUGACGAGAUCUGGGCGUUGGGCUACUCUCCGCUGGACAUUGUCGCGACGCUUUUCCGCGUCGUGAAAACGAUGGACGCUUUGCCAGACCCUGUGAAGCUCGAGUACAUUCGCGAGAUCGGAUGGACACACAUGAGGACUCUCGAAGGCGUCGCAACGCUCCUGCAACUGAGCGGUCUCAUUGCGCGCCUCGCCAAGUUGUCGAUGAAUCCCACCUUGUUUGUGUUGUAG